AUGGGUCGUCGUCCCGCUCGUUGCUACCGCUACUGCAAGAACAAGCCCUACCCGAAGAGUAGGUAUAAUCGUGGUGUCCCUGACCCCAAGAUCCGGAUAUUCGACCUUGGCCGCAAACGUGCUAACGUGGACGAGUUCCCGUUCUGUGCUCACCUUGUGUCGGACGAAUAUGAGCAGCUGUCGAGCGAGGCGCUGGAGGCUGCCCGCAUUUGCGCCAACAAGUAUGUGACCAAGACGUCUGGCAAAGACUCUUUCCACCUCCGGGUCCGCGUCCACCCCUUCCACGUCCUGAGAAUUAACAAGAUGUUGUCUUGCGCGGGGGCUGACCGUCUUCAAACGGGGAUGCGUGGCGCCUGGGGCAAGCCUUAUGGCACUGUUGCGCGCGUCGACAUUGGCCAGGUCAUCAUGUCCAUCCGCUGCAAGGACGCCAACUCGGCUGUUAUCAUCGAGGCCCUAAGGCGCGCGCGCUACAAGUUCCCUGGCCGUCAGAAGAUCAUCGUGUCCAAGAAGUGGGGCUUUACUGCGGUUGAGAAGACAGAGUAUUUGAAGCUCAAGGAGGACAAACGGGUGUUGCAGGAUGGAGCCUAUCUCCAGUUCAUCCGGCCCAAGGGCAACCUUGAGGCCAACUUGCGCGCCCAGCUCCGUGCGUAG